AUGAAAAGCAACCUCUGUAAAGGUGCCGUAGCGGGCCAAGGUGUGGCCUGCCCAGCCGCACUUAAAUCCGACGAUCACCAGGCGCUCAGUGACGGCGACGGCGAACAACUUUUCUGGACCGUGUUGACGCGACUGCAUGCCCUCGGCGACGAGUUGCUGGAGAAGUUUCAUGACGAGAAGACGAAAAAUGUGUGCGUAUUGGGGACGUACCUAGUCGCAGUCCUCGGGCUCGCCGUCACCUUGACAGGGCUCCGCAUGUUUUCAGGCCUCGCGUACUUCAAGUAUUACUGGUCUCUGAAGGAAACAGCGAAACCACAGACGAAAUUAAUCUCUCUCGAGCCUCUACCGGGAAACGCGGUUCAAACGAUCUCUGUGCCCGCUUACUGGGUCGGCGCACAAGACUUUCUUACCUACAGUGGCGACCGCGCAUCUCUCCCUCUGAAGAGCGAGCCUGCGGACGCCCCCUUUGAGACUCCUGAAGCCCUGGCCAACGCACACUGCAUGGGGCGGCGCCUCUGCUCGUUGGUCCGACACUCUCUUGACGACAGAGGAAGCAGGGAGCAACAAGCUUUGUCUGUGACGCUCACUUACAAGAAGUACCAGUUCUCUAACACCUAUCUCUCCCACUAUUUCAUAAUCAGUGCUGAGAAAUACCCUCAACUAAUGAUGAACGCAUACACUAUUUACGUAAAAGUAGAUGAGGAGGCCCCCCAAGUAUUCGGAGCGCGACCUGAGCACGUGGAGAGUCUUCGGACACUUCUGGAGGAGAUCGGCGCAGAGCAGCCAGACGUCCACCCAGACCAACCCAGUGAGUGCACGUUAUGGCCCCCUGGGGUGGAGCCGAAGCCUCAGUUGCCCCCAAUGCUGCUGCCUCCUCCCACUAUUUGCCCUUGGGAGGCAACAACAGUGUAG